ACAUGCGUGAGGUGUUGAGUUGAUGUAAUUUGGCCGAACGUAUUUCUUCUGAAGGCGCCUCUUUAGUUUGGUUAAUUGAACAUUCUGACUGACAUGUUAUAAUGAUUCAUGUUAGUACGGGCGGUUCUGUGAAGUGAAGGGGGUGUGUGUCGCUGUAGCCAACCUAUCAAGGGGUAGCCUACGGCGCAGGGAAAAUCGUCGUCGUUCAGAACGCUUAUAUACAUGAUGACAAUGGGACGGAUGAAGAAUAUGUGUCGUUUUUAUGCUGCAUUUGAUAUUUAGUUAAGGUGACACGGUGACACCGUGACCAAACGUGGUAGCUAGCCACACCCGCGACAAGGUUGAGUCACGGUGACAUUUUUCAUGCCAUUUAGGAUAUUGCUGCGGAAAUCGUUUAAAAGCUUUUGUUAAUUUUCUCAGUCAGCAGUGGAGGAUCUAGCAAUUUGAGGAAAUAGCUAAACACGUCAGUGACAAUGGGAGAGACAGAGACUCGUCAGAGGCUGCUGCGCAGCGUAAAGAAAGAGGUGAAACAGAUAAUGGAGGAAGCAGUGACCCGCAAGUUCGUGCACGAGGACAGCAGCCACAUCAUUUCAUUCUGUGCGGUGGUGGAAGCGUGCGUGCUGCACGGAUUGAGACGGAGAGCUGCAGGCUUUCUGCGCAGCAACAAACUGGCCGCCCUGUUUGUGAAGGUGGGGAAGGUGUUUGCUCCGGCCGAGGAACUGUCCCGGAAGGUCCAGGAGGUGGAGCAGAUCAUCGAGAGCAAGCAGCACCAGGCCCGACUGAACCAAGACAGCAACCAGAAGCUGUCCAAACUGCCCAACCUGUCGCCUCAGGCCAUCAAAUAUCUGUGGAUUCGCACCGCUCUGACAGAGAAAGUUCUAGACAAGAUUGUACUUUAUUUGGUGGAGAACAGCAGCAAAUUCUAUGAGAGGGAAGCUUUGCUGCGUGACCCUACGGAGGGACCGAUUUUAGCUUCAUUGUUAGUGGGCCCCUGUGCUCUGGAGUAUACCAAGGCCAAGACGGCCAAUCACUUCUGGACCGACCCAUCGGCCGACGAGCUGGUACAGAGGCACCGCAUCCACAGUGGGCAUUGCCGUCAGGACUCCCCCACCAAACGCCCGGCCCUGAUCACAAAAAGACAGUCCAGUGGAAGCAUAGAUGACCGGCCCUCCUUCUGGGCGAGGGACUAUGUGGAAUCUCUUCACCAGAACUCCCGUGCCACAUUACUCUUCGGCAAAAACAAUGUUCUGGUGCAGCCGACGGAUGACAUGGAGUCUAUCCCAGGGUACCUCUCUUUGCACCAGACAGCUGACCUGAUGACCUUGAAGUGGACCCCGAACCAACUGAUGAAUGGGACCAUGGGAGACCCUGAAUAUGAGAAAAGUGUAUACUGGGAUUUUGCAAUGACCAUCCGUCUUGAAGAAAUUGUUUAUCUGCACUGCCAUCAGCAUGUGGACAGUGGAGGCACAGUGGUCCUGGUAAGCCAGGAUGGGAUUCAGAGACCCCCACUGCGUUUCCCUCGAGGGGGUCACCUGCUGCAGUUCCUCACCUGUCUGGAGAAUGGACUCCUCCCACAUGGGCAGCUGGACCCACCGCUAUGGUCUCAGAGGGGAAAGGGGAAAGUGUUCCCUAAGCUUCGCAGAAGAAGCCCGCACGGAUCCUGUGAGUCUGUCUCAGACAAAGAAGAAGAUGAAGCCACGGACUAUGUCUUCCGGAUCUUGCUGCCUUCCACUCAGUCAGACUUUGUUGCACCUGAGCUCAUAGAUCCAGCCAUGAGCCUGUGGCAACCAUCACCACGGAAGUCCUCCUGCUCUUCCUGCUCCCAGAAUGGUUCCUCAGAUGGGGGCCUUCCUGAUGGUUGCAACCAUGACAGGCCAGUGGCUCCUCUGAAAUUACUGUGCGAGACCAUGAGGUAUCAGAUCAUCUCUCGUGCUUUCUAUGGCUGGUUGGCCUACUGUCGUCACUUAUCCACGGUGCGCACACACCUGUCGGCCCUGGUGAACCCCUCCAUCGUCGAGCACGAUUUCCCCAUCGAUGCCAAAGGCGGUCUUACUUUGGAAGUGUGGAAUGCCUUCCUACAGGACUCCUCUGUUUAUGAAGAGGUGGAGCUGUUGCGCCUGGUCUACUAUGGAGGGGUGGACCCCAGCAUACGCAAGGAGGUCUGGCCUUUCCUACUGGGCCACUAUACCUUUACCAUGACCCCAGAGGAGAGGAAGGAGGUGGAUGAGCAAGUGCGGGCCAGCUAUGAGCAGACGAUGAGUGAGUGGUUAGGAUGUGAGGCCAUCGUGAAGCAGCGUGAGCAGGAACAGCAUGCCGCCGCCUUGGCUCGGUGCUCCUCCGUAACCGGAGGGGAGCGAGGCCCACGCCAUGACUCCACCGUCAGCUCAGACUCGUCCCAGAGCAGCAGCACCUCUGAGAGACAAACCCACGCCUCCUCCCACAGUGACACUAACAGCAGUGCACAGGUGUUUGUUUCUGUUGAUGAAGAGGAUCAACCUGAAUUGGAGGCCAAGCCUGAAGAACAAAAACCCUUGCCCAAGCCUCUCGCCAAUGGCACCAGCUCACCUGACUCCGGCCACCCGUCGUCUCGUAACUUCUCCACCACGUCUGGCGUCUCCGACUACUCCCCCAGCACCGACGAAGCCUCUGCCCAUGACUCUGGGGCCAGAGCUGGGGCUUCUCAAACUCCCACGAAAAAGCCAGAGCAAGCUGCCGAAGGAGCCCCCACCAGCGUAGCUGACUCCCAGCCCAAAGCGACCCCACCACAGAGUGACCCCCCAAAGCCCCAUCCAUCAGAGCAGGAUGUAAAGGUACUGGGUGAAAAGGUGGAUUCCAAGAAAGCAGAAGUGGUUUCAGAGGAGGCCUCAGGAAGUGUUUCAAUGAAAGAAGAAACAGACGUCCUGGAGAGUGAGCCUCUGGCUCCCAGGGCAUCAGAGCAGGAUAACACAGCCCCAGCUAUGGAAUCAGAUUCUGGUGAGGCAUUAGAAAUAAACUCACUUAAGAGUGAAGUGGCGCUCUCUGAUAGAGACCCUAAAUGUAGUGAGACACAACAGCAGUAUCUGAAGGUUCCUGAGGAGAAGGUGGAUUCCGAGAAAGCAAAAGUGGUUUCAGAGGAAGCCUUAGGAAGGGUUUCAAUGAAAGAAGAAACAGACGUCCAGGAGAGUGAGCCUUCUGCACCUGAGAAGGUGGAUUCUGAAGAGAGAUUGGUGCGUGAGCCACAAAAAAACGAAGCUGAAGCUGAAGUGGCAAAGGGGGGCUCUGAAGCACAGGAGAUACAGGGUUCUACGACAGAAGAGGAAAAGGGUUCUAAGACAGAAGAGGAAAAGGGCCUGGAUAGGUCAGGAGAGAGAACUGACAACUUACAGGAGAGCAUACCAACUCCAGAACAAAACCAGGAAACAGAGUCAAGCCCGGUAAAGACACCGGAAACAGCUGACGAGAAAUCCCCUGAAAUGGACAAGAAACCUGAUAGCACACAAUGUACUGAAGGUGCAAUUCAGAAGUUUGAGAGUUUGAACAAGGAGCAUGCCGAAAUCCUCUCAGACAAAGCUCCCGAUGUACCCAAAGACAGGAGUGGGGUUUCUGUAACAGACCAUAGCCCAAGUGUUGUGGCAAAUGAUCCCCUGAAGACAGAGGAAUCUGAGGAUCCUCAAAAGGAAGAACCCAAAACAGUUAAACCACAAAUCGGCGAAUCCCCAAUUCUAGAAGAGCCUGCAAUCUCUGAGUCAAAAGAGGCAGAAGAUUCUUUGCCAUCGAAAGAGAUCAGUUCAUCUGAGAAUGCUGCUCAGCCAGUACUUGAAUCAAAACAAACAGAGUCAUCACCAACAAAAGAGAUCAGCUCAUCUGAAGCAGCCGAGAAUGUUGCUCAGCCGGUACUUGAAUCAAAACAACCAGAGUCAUCACCAACUAAAGAGGUCAAUUCGUCUGAAACAGAUGAAAAUACUGCUCAGCCAGUACUUGAAUCAAAACAACCAGAGUUAUCACCAACAAAAGAGGUAAUUUCAUCUGAAAUAGAUGAAAAUACUGCUCAGCCAGUACUUGAAUCGAAGCAACCAGAGUCAUCACCAACAAAAGAGGUAAUUUCAUCUGAAAUAGAUGAAAAUACUGCUCAGCCAGUACUUGAAUCGAAGCAACCAGAGUCAUCACCAACAAAAGAGGUAAUUUCAUCUGAAAUAGAUGAAAAUACUGCUCAGCCAGUACUUGAAUCGAAGCAACCAGAGUCAUCACCAACUAAAGAGGUCAAUUCGUCUGAAACAGAUGAAAAUACUGCUCAGCCAGUACUUGAAUCAAAACAACCAGAGUUAUCACCAACAAAAGAGGUAAUUUCAUCUGAAAUAGAUGAAAAUACUGCUCAGCCAGUACUUGAAUCGAAGCAACCAGAGUCAUCACCAACAAAAGAGGUAAUUUCAUCUGAAAUAGAUGAAAAUACUGCUCAGCCAGUACUUGAAUCGAAGCAACCAGAGUCAUCACCAACAAAAGAGGUAAUUUCAUCUGAAAUAGAUGAAAAUACUGCUCAGCCAGUACUUGAAUCGAAGCAACCAGAGUCAUCACCAACAAAAGAGGUAAUUUCAUCUGAAAUAGAUGAAAAUACUGCUCACCCAGUACUUGAAUCGAAGCAACCAGAGUCAUCCCCAACAAAAGAGGUCAAUUUGUCAGAAACAGUCCAAAAUGCUGUUCAGACAGAAUCACAUUCAAAAGAAGCAGAACCAUUGUUAACAAAAGAGACAGCUGAGAGCAGUGUUCAGCUGGGUUCCGAAUCAAAGCAAGAACUGUCACCAACAAAAGAGAUCCCCUCAUCAGAGGCGGGUGAGAAGACUGCACAGCAAGGCUCUGAAUCAGAGGACAUCACCACUCCAGGGAUGGAGGGAACAUGUGUUUCUGAGUCAGAAGACAUCAAAGCCAUCCGGCAGGGACUUGGCUGGGCUCUGGAGAGGAGAGACUCCAACCCUGAGUCUGAAGGCUGUGUUUCAGCUCCGCCUCUCCUCACCCAGCAGUCCUCCACCCUAGACCUGGCCGACUCAGACGACUCCCCUUCCGCCCUUGAAAUGGAAGAGAUUCCUACUUCCUUGAUCUGUAUGGCCUCUGAUGACCACUGGGGGAAGCCGCUCCUCACCCUGGAUGCCCCCUCUGCCCAGCGCACGCCCAGAGAGCCUGGCAUGGACAUGCCCAUCCUGGAGCUCCGUCUGGAAGUGGGUCCCAACACGAGCCCUGAAGCCACGGAGUCCAUCCUGUCCGAGGAAGACGCUGACAUGGAUAGCCUCUUCCCAAAGGCAGAUUCCCUGGCCGUGAGAGGGGAGCUGAAGAACGAGUUGGCCUCUCCUGUGUCCUCCAUCGGUACAACCUACUCUCAAGAACUGCUGGAUAUGUACAUGCUCAACCUUCACCGCAUCGAAAAGGAUGUUCACAGGUGUGACCGGAACUACUGGUACUUCACCACGGCCAACUUGGAAAAACUGCGCAACAUCAUGUGCAGCUAUGUGUGGCAGCAUCUGGAGAUAGGCUAUGUUCAGGGCAUGUGUGACCUGCUAGCACCUCUGCUAGUUAUCCUGGACGAUGAAGCCAUGGCCUUCAGCUGCUUCACUGAACUCAUGAAGAGAAUGAACCAAAACUUCCCUCAUGGGGGAGCCAUGGACUCACACUUUGCUAACAUGCGUUCACUCAUCCAGAUCUUAGAUUCUGAGCUCUUUGAGUUGAUGCAGCAGAAUGGAGACUACACUCACUUCUACUUCUGCUACCGCUGGUUUCUGCUUGACUUCAAGAGGGAAAUGGUGUAUGAUGACGUGUUCUCGGCUUGGGAGACCGUCUGGGCAGCGAGGUCUGUGUCCUCCAGCCACUUUGUUCUCUUCAUCGCCCUUGCCCUCGUGGAGCACUACCGGGAUAUCAUCCUGGAGAAUAACAUGGACUUCACAGAGAUCAUCAAAUUCUUCAACGAAAUGGCCGAACGACAUGAUGUCCCACAGGUUCUGGUCAAGGCUCGGGAGUUAGUCAACAAAGUUCAAACCCUCAUUGAGAACAAGUAGGCGAGAUCCACCAUCAUGUCAUUCCUAUUGUGCUGCCAGAUCCUGCUGCAGAGAGUAUGUGAAAACAAAAAAGAAAUCAGGGCCAAAUCGCCCCGUUUAAUGAAUUGUAAUCCGAUACGUCUAAAUAAGCUGGUAAUCAUGCUCCGAACACAGAGGAUGUAAUACCAGAUUUGCCCACAGAGUUUAGUUGCAUGCUUGAACAUCAUGCUUGUCAUGACCUGGAAUUUAUCACCUUUUCUUCUUAGACGGAUUUGGGUUAUUAUAGAAAUGAAAUAAAAUAAAAAAUGACAUGUGAAAGACCAAUAUAUCAUUAAGAGAUAUUGUGAGGCCAUGUUUAAGGUCAUAAUGCUAUAUUAAUCUCUUUGGGAGCUCAUUAGUACCAUAUUAACAAAAUAAGCAACAGAGAAACUGUCCCAAGCUAAGAAAGCCAUAAUAAAUAUUCACACUUGAAAAUGUAUUUAUUUUUUUAGCUUCUUUGAAAACAAUAUUGCUCAUAUAUUGUCUAUGUUAUUUAAAAAAUAUAACAGAAAGAUUAAUACCACCUUGGUCGUUCCUAAGCACAAACUGUAGUAGUCAGAUGAGUGUAGAAUUUAAGGAACCUAAAGUAUCACCAAGGUACGGAACUGGAAAAGUGUCAUAGUUGAUCUAUAUUACCAUAAGGGUUCAAUCCUACCCUCAUUAUAACAAUUAGUUCACUCAAUUUAACAAUUUGUCCUCUCAUCUCUUCUCUCUCUCUCUCUCUUUAUUUGUAUGUGAACAUUCCUUCCCUCACUUUCAUAGUUGGCUAGUCUUGGCCACUCAUGCUCUCAAUUUACCAAUCCAUUCCCUCAUAUUAGUAUAGAUUGGUAGACGGAGGCAUUGGAUUGCAAAUAUUUACACAUGGAUAAUUAAAUUGUCAGACAGAUUUAAGAAUCCAUCCAUGAACUGAGUGAACAGAUUAGUAAACUGGGGGUAUGGAUUUUUCCCUUCUGACAGGUGACCUCAGGAUGGCGCUGGUUCUUGGCCACAGAGCCUUAAGUGACCUGCUUUGGUUGGUUAAAAAAUUCUAGUCGGAUCAGGUCUGGGAUUUUUUAGUUAGAAGUGUUAUCAGUUGUGUUAGCUUGUUUCAUCUACGGAUUCAGUUUUGUGAAAGACUUAUUCAGGGGGCUGUUCACCACAACAUCACUGGUUGUGUAAUCAACGUGCCUCAAUAGACCUGCAGUAUAUGACUUACUAUGGGAUGUUAAAAAAUGACACAUCAAACUCAAAGCCAAAUGUAACAUAACAUUGUUUCAUACAUUCUUGUUUUAGCCUCCGUGACUAAUAGCCUUUGAAUAAUGCUGGUGUCAUAUGUGUAAAUGAUUAGAAACGCUAUACCAACUGCACAAACAUGGUGUUUCUUUGUUUAAUAACCCCUGAUUUUUCAUUCAGGUAUGAAUCAAUGAAGGCAGAAAAAAAACUAUUUGCACAUACUGUUGUAACUUUUGCCUUAGGUUACUGUAAGCUCUUCUGUUCAGGGAUUUGUCAGUGAAUAUCUUUCAUGUCGAUUACUGCUUAUAUAACCCUCUUGCGAUGUGUGAUUGGGGUGUUUGUGGUAAUGUGGUCUGAUUGAGACUCUGCUAGCUGAUUCUGAAAAAUAUGGAGAAGUCAUCUUUCCUUCAGCCUCCUUUUUUACAAUUUGUUCACCACUUUCACAUUUGUUCACACGCUUUGUGAUUGUUAGAUCCUGUUAAAACUCACCUGGAAAAACAGUGUCAUUGGUAAAAAGUGCCAGUGUAAAAAACACUAAUCUUUUGUCUUCAGUAUAUUUCACUCACACCCAAUCUGAGAAUUAUUGAUGUAUGUUGCUGCUGUUCAGAAUUACACUGUAUAACUACAUGACAUUCAAUGUAAAACACAUAUAUGAUAUAUGAAGUCAGUGUUAAAAAUUGUGAAUUGAAAAUAAACAAAUAAAUAUAUAGAUGUACAUACAUCAGUAAGCUAAGAAAAAAAGUAAACCUAUAUAUUUUUAUUGUACUGUGACUAUAUUGUGGAAACUGAUGUGUUGUGAAUUAUUUAUCAAUCUGUAAUAAAUAUAUGUAAAAGUGUAACACAGUAA